CAUCCACCAUCCGACGCUCCUCAAGGUCGCGCGUACAAAGCAUCACGGGAAGUAUCGGAUUCUCCGUGUGACCGUGUAUCAUUGGCGAAAUGUCACGAGUUCCCGACGCACAAAUGCGUCGUUCUGAAUAAAUGAAAGCGCAUGGAGGGGGUUUUGGGAAAGCAGAGGUCAGGCUGAUUACUGCUGUUAUUGGCUGAAGCAAACCAAGGGGGCAUUUUAUACGUCAAAGGGGAACGUGAGAAUCGCCACGUAUUCGUAGUGUGACAAAUAUACACGAAAAUCCUCACCGAGAGCCAGAAGAAGAGAGCGACAGGCGCAUGAGCGGAUCAGUCACGACGUCCGGGAAAGCUUAAAGUGCGUUUUGCAUCGGAACCUUCGUGCAAAUUUGCGCGUUCUCGACUUGCUGCCACUCCCAUUUUACUGGAUCAUGGAGGGGGAGAAGAAGGAAGUCACAUGCUAUCUUCUGUUCUCUCUGGCCACUGCUGUAAUCGGUUCCUUGCAGUUUGGUUAUAACACUGGAGUCAUCAAUGCACCUGAGCAGAAACUGCGCACAUUCUUCAACAACACAUGGAUUGAACGUUAUGGCAAGCCCAUCGAUCCUGGCGUGUGCACCAUCGUGUGGAGUUUUGCAGUGGCUAUCUUUAGCGUGGGUGGAAUGGUGGGCUCAUUCAGUGUUGGUGUCCUCGCCAACAAGUUUGGGCGACGCAAUUCCAUGUUUCUGGUGAAUAUCUUGGCCGUGAUCGGUGGAGGUCUCAUGGGGUUUUGCACGCUUUUCUCUUCUUUUGAAAUGGUUAUCACUGGCCGCUUUGUUAUUGGCCUCUUCUGUGGCCUUUUCACUGGACUCACCCCUAUGUAUGUGGGGGAAGUUUCACCAACGCCUCUCCGGGGAGCCUUUGGGACUCUACACCAGCUCGGCGUGGUAGUAGGGAUCUUGAUUGCACAGAUCUUUGGCCUGGAGUUUCUGCUGGGCUCAGAUAAAUUGUGGCCUGUGCUGCUGUCUCUGACUGUGAUCCCUGCGGUAAUACAAUGUUUUCUGCUGCCCUUCUGCCCUGAGAGUCCACGAUAUCUCCUCAUUAACCAAAAUAAAGAGGAACAGGCUCGCAAAGCAUUGGUGCGUCUCCGUGGCUGCGAGGACGUGUCAAAAGACAUGCAGGAGAUGAAGGAAGAAAGUGUAAAAAUGAACAUGGAAAAGAGGGCGACCAUCUCUGAGCUCUUCCGCACAGCCGCGUAUCGUCAGCCACUUCUCAUCGCUGUCAUGCUUCAGCUCUCUCAGCAGCUAUCCGGGAUCAAUGCUGUGUUUUACUAUUCAACAGGGAUUUUUAAGUCUGCUGGUGUGACCAAGCCAAUAUAUGCUACCAUUGGAGCUGGAAUUGUGAACACUGUUUUCACUGUGGUAUCUCUCUUCCUUGUUGAAAGAGCUGGACGAAGGACUUUACAUCUCAUUGGCUUGGCUGGCAUGGCAGUCAGUGCCCUGCUAAUGACCAUCACUCUUUUAUUGAACUACAUCCCAUCUCUGAACUAUGUCAGCAUUGCAGCAGUGUUUGCUUUUGUGGCUAUGUUUGAGAUGGGUCCAGGACCCAUCCCAUGGUUCAUUGUUGCUGAGCUCUUCUCCCAAGGACCACGUCCUGCUGCCAUGGCCGUUGCGGGAUGUUCCAACUGGACGGCCAAUUUCCUUGUGGGCAUCAGUUUCCCAAAAUUAAAGGAACUGUGCGGGCCAUAUGUUUUCAUUAUCUUCACGGUCCUACUCAUCUUCUUCUUCAUCUUCACAUACUUCUGCGUUCCUGAGACCAAGGGUCGAACCUUUGAAGAGAUAGCUCAAAUCUUCGGCGGGGUUCCUCCUCUUCCAAGCACCAGUCUACAAGAGGUUGAUGUGGUCACAGGGCCUAACUCUACAGCAAAGGAGAAAGUCCCACUGGUGGCAGCAAAUUCCGAAGCAAAGGAGACACCAAGUUCUUCUGGGAACAUGGCUUCAGGAGGUGUGACUGGUGAGGAGAAACCUGAGUCUGCUACACAACCACUAGUUACAUCUACUGCAAAAGACAAAUCUAACAUUACUCUCCAGGAAAGUGUUUAGUUAAAACUGAAGGUAUUUAUUUAUUUGUGCAUUCAUUCAUUCAUUCAUUCAUUCAUUCAUUCAUUCAUUCAUUUAUUUAUUUAUUUAUUUAUUUAUUUAUUUAUUUAUUUAUUUAUUUAUUUUUGAUGUUAGAUAGAUACUUUGUCCACAGUGUCAGUGAAAUGUCAGUGAAAUGUGUCAUUUUUUCUGUUUUGAUGGAGCUAGUGCAAUGAAAUCCUCACAUAUUACAUAUAUGGCUUAUAUUAUUAUUGGACUGGACUGGACUUUGGAAUUUUUAGUACUUUUAAAUUCAGUUUUCAUCACAAUGUGCAUAUUAUACAUAAUGAAACAGGUUUAUGUUUAAAGUAAUUAAUUUUAUAUAUUGUAAUAAGAUUCCAAAAUUAGUUUGAAAAAAGUAUUUAAGAGCUUAAAAAUGAAUAUAGUUGCUUCGGAAAUGGAAGUAAGCACUAAGUAAUAAUGCUUUCACAUAAUUGAGAACAUAAUUAUCCUUUAGUGUAGAAUGUGGCCUCGACAAGUGCAAAUGAAUUCAAAGAACCGCUCCUGCAAACAAACUGUUAAUUCAUAUAUAGGCCAUUUAAAAUUCCCAGCCAUACACAUGACAUGUUUUUGAAAUAAUCUCUGUGAAAAGGUAGAAAAUUGUUACAUUUUUCAACUUAUUGUAUAAGCGUUUUUGUGCACCAAUUGAAAUGUUUAAAACUGAGGCAGUUUAGAGGUAUUUAUGGUACCGAAAUGUAAACUUCACCUUGCUUGCUUAGUGAUAUACUUGAUUAUCUGUGUGCACAUUAAUUAAUUAAUUAAUU